AUGCCGCAGUCGCCAGUGGAUGGAGGCGCUUCGCCCACGUCUUCCUACGCGCUACUUCAGGGUCCAUCCCACCCGUCGCAGCUCGCGGAAGAGCCCGACAGCAUCUUAAGCCAAAGCGCGGUCGACAUUUACGUCCAGGACAGUGACAGUGGCAAUAGUAGUGACCAUUCCCACACUACUGAGGAGGAAGAGGAGAAGGUGAUUGGUGGUAAUAAAGGUGGGAGACCACCUAGGGGUGGGGUCUCUGUUUCGAAGCAGCAGUCGUGUGAUGGCGAGGGGGUGGCCUCGGACGACCUUCCGACCACCUCGACCGACCUGUACCGCUACGUGUCCCUCAACGCCCCGUCUGCUACCGCUCGAUUUGGCUACUGUUCAAAUCUGGUCAUCACUAGUCGCUUUACUGUGUUGAAUUUCGUGCCAAAGCUCUUGUUUUACGAAUUUAGUAAACUCGCGAACGCCUAUUUCCUCGUGAUUUCCAUCAUGCAGACGAUCCAGCCAAUUUCCAAUACCGGCGGCUUCCCCGCUUCGUUGCCAGCUCUGUCGAUCAUUGUCUUGAUCGACAUGUUGUUCGCCUGCAUGGAGGACUACAAGCGGCACCAAGCCGACCGCGUGGCCAAUAACCUCCCGUGCGACCGCUUUAAUCUGGAAACCCGUGACUUUGAACGGACCAAGUGGGAGCUCUUGCAAGUGGGUGACGUGGUCAAAGUGGCGAACCGCGACCCAGUGCCUGCUGAUCUGGUGAUUCUAGGAGCUUGUGAACCCGAUGUGGACCACCCGGCUGGCAUUUGUUACGUCGAGACAAAGUCGCUGGAUGGCGAGACCAAUUUGAAGCUCCGACAGGGGCUGGAAGCGACGUAUACGACGUUACUGAACGAUGCUGCAAUUGGGGACUUGAAGGGCACAAUUGUGUGUGAAAAGCCGAACAAUUCGAUCCAUCGAUUCAGUGGCUCGCUCACCCUGGAAAAUGGCACAAAAGAGGUAAUUACGACCAACUCUGUGGUCCUGCGAGGCUCGACGUUGCGCAAUACCGAGUACAUUUACGGCCUCGUGGUGAACACAGGACCGGAUACGAAGAUCAUGAUGGCGUCGUCCUCCGAGCCGAUGAAAUGGAGCAACAUGGAGCGUCGGCUGAACAAGCAGAUUCUGUACAUUUGUGUCUUGAUGGUCGCUCUCUGUCUUGCAGGAGCGACGUUGUCGACGGUCUGGAAUGCAAAAAACUUGGACGAAGAUGCAGAGGAAGGCGCGUGGUAUUUGUACGACCGCAACUCGACAGCGGUGAAAUCUCCGGUGGGGACAUUUUUUAUCAUGGUGCUGUACUACUUUUUGCUGCUGAAUUCGUUCAUCCCCGUGUCGUUGUACGUGAGCAUGACGUCGGUCAAGUUUAUGCAGUCGUACUUUAUGAACAAUGACUUGGAGAUGUACCAUGAAGAGACGGAUACCCCGUGCCAAGUACGCACCAUGUCGUUGAAUGAAGAGCUGGGUCAGAUUGACUAUAUCUUUUCGGACAAGACGGGUACAUUGACGUGUAACGUCAUGGAGUUUCGCAAGUGCUCGAUCAAUGGAGUGGCCUAUGGACUGGGGGAGACUGAGGUGGGCAUUGCAGCGAGGAAGCGGCAGCAAGAAGAGGUGCCACUCAUGUCGUCGUUCUAUGCUGUGACCCCCGGUGGUGGCUGUGCGGCACCUCCGAAAAAAGACCGCAUUGAUCCGAUCACACCGGACGUCAAUAACGUGGCAUCGGACCGCGUGGUGAAGGCGCCGUUUGUCAACUACCAAGACGAUUCAUUGUUUGAUGCGUUUGCGCAGAAGAGCAGUGAGCAAGCAAAGUCUAUUGGCGCGUUCUUUGAGCACUUGGCUGUGUGCCACACGGUCAUGCCGGAAAAAGCUCCUGACAAUAGUUUGCGCUUGAGUGCUUCGUCGCCUGAUGAGCAAGCGCUGGUUGCUGCCGCAGCUUGUUUUGGGUACAAAUUUGUUGCACGUGCUCCAGGCAAAGCGAUGGUGGAGUAUUUUUGCUGCAUUGAGAACCCGGACGAGAUGGCAUGCAACCAGCCGGUUCCUGAUCAUUCCGUGGGGGCAUAUGAUAUCCUGGAGGUUCUCGAGUUUAACAGUACGCGGAAACGCAUGUCUGUGAUUUUGAAAGGACCUACGGGAGAUCUGAAGCUUCUUUGCAAGGGCGCUGACACUGUUAUGUAUGAGCGCCUGAGACCAACAGACGAUCCUGCUGUAAAGCAGACACGUGCUCUGACGCUUCAGCACAUGGAACAAUUUGCGUCGGAGGGGUUGCGAACACUGGUGAUCGGGUCUACUGAGGUUGACCCCACUUUUUUUGCAUCGUGGGUCAUCCGCUAUCGCACCGCAAUUAACGAUAUGUGUCAGAUUGAUCUGCGUCGUAACGGGGAGGACAAUGACAUUGACCGGCUCAUGGAGGAGAUCGAGGUGAACCUGGACAUUCUAGGCGCCACUGCUAUUGAAGAUCGACUGCAGGCUGAAGUUCCUGAUACUAUCUUCAAGCUGCGGCAAGCAUCGAUCAAGAUCUGGAUGCUGACUGGUGACAAGGAGGAGACGGCGAUUAACAUUGGCUUUGCGUGUCGUCUUUUGGCUUCUGACAUUGAACGGGUCGUUAUUUCGGCAGAUACACACACUGACUUGGCUAGUAUCGUGGAUGAGCUGGAAGAGUAUGCUCGACAGGAGGACAAUGAGGAGACAUGUGCAUCAUCCCCAGUCGGGCCACUGGAUGCUUUCGCGCCGUUUUCAGAGGCACAACGAGGCUCUGUUUCGCUCCGCAACCAGCACAAAAGGUUGACUCGCAUUGAAAGUAUGGCCGAGCGACCUCAGCAGGAUUUGGCUCUGGUGAUUGACGGAGAAACGCUAGAGCUGGCGCUCGAAGGGUGCCCUGAGCUGUUUUUGAAGGUGGCCGAGAAGUGCGUGGCAGUGAUUGCUUGUCGUGUUUCUCCUGCCCAGAAGGCACAGCUCGUGCGGUUAGUGCGUGAAAAUAAUCCGGGAAUGCGAACAUUGGCCAUUGGUGAUGGUGCAAAUGAUGUGUCGAUGAUUCAAGCAGCACACGUUGGUGUUGGCAUUUCCGGUCAGGAGGGGAUGCAGGCUGCCAAUUCAUCGGACUAUGCCAUUGCGCAAUUCCGAUAUCUGGCACGCCUGCUGCUUGUUCACGGACGCUGGAACUAUGUGCGCAUGGGCAAGUUGAUCUUGUACAUUUUCUACAAGAACGUGAUCCUGAACUUGACCCAGUUCUGGUACAUGAUUUACACGGGCUACUCGGGGCAGAAGUUCUUUCUCGAGUGGGGACUGCAGGGAUACAAUCUGCUCUUUACGGCGUUGCCAAUCAUCCUGGUGAGUACGUUUGAACAAGAUGUGCCAGCGUGCUUGGCGGUGAACUACCCGCUGCUCUAUCGCAUUGGCCAAGAAAACACGAGGUUCAAUACCAAAGUCGUGUGGGGUUGGAUAUCCUCGUGCGUGUGGGAGUCGCUCAUCAUUUGCUUUGGCGUGGUGCACGGGAUGCGCUACUUGGUGACCAGAGGUGACACGCCAACGAUGUGGGUGUAUGGAAGCACUUCGUUCACGAUCGUUUUGAUUGUGGUGACGCUCAAGUUGUGUUUGCACCAGCAAAUGUGGUGGCCGAUUCACAUUGCCAUCUACAUCAUGUCGUUCAUGCUCUGGAUCGGCACGGCAGCUUUUAUCUCGUCCGGCGACUCGGUGAGCUCGUCUUACUGGAAUGGUGUGUUUGCCAAUACGUUCCGCGUAGACGCGUUUUGGCUGGUGGUCCCGCUGCUUGUCGUCGCUUCCUUGUCGCGCGACUUCAUGUGGAAGGGGUAUAUACGAAUGUUCAAGCCAUCGUACAAGCACUUGGCACAGGAGGUGAACGCGUAUGGUCUGACACAUAUCGCGGACCAGUUGCUGACGUUCCCGCCAGCAGAAAGGAUUCCGGAAGAUGCCAUUGGUGGCGAAGCUGGCCGUAUUGCAGCAGGCUCUCUAUUAACUGCCAGCAUGCGGGACGUGACGGUAACGAAGCCAAUUGCUCCUACUGUCGUGUUGGCUCCGCGUCCAUUAAUCAGUCGGAUUGGAAGCCGCCGGUCGGUGGCAAGAGGCAGCGCGUUCAGCUACGAUGCUGAGAGUGUCAUGGUCGAGUCGUUCAUGUCAACGGACAGGUUUGCUCAGGACCCGAAAAAGACGAGCUCGAUCUUUGAGCGGCACGCGAGUCGUGGCUCGUUGGCUUUCCAGCGUCUUCCAAUGGAUUUGGACGGAGGGGAUCAACCUGCCGAGGAAAGUGCGGGCUUGUUGUCAGUCUCCGGUGCGUCUCCUUCACGUCGACAAUCGGUCGGCAAUAUCUUUCGCGGUGCACGCCAUGGCCAAGGUCGCGGCCGGGUCUUGUCGGUAUCUGCGUUGUCACGUCCUUCGGAUGCAGACACUGCGAUCGGGAUAGCUGCUGGUCAAGGUGGACGCAGCCAGCUUCCAGCUGACAGGUUGACUGGCGUGCGGGAAAACGCAACGAUGAAUGGCAGUGGAGGCACGAGCAGUUUCCACCGUCCAUCAACCACUCGACGGAUGCGAGAGUUUGAGAACCGCGCCAUGUCCAGCGACGAUGCGUCUGCUAUGAGUCGCGGACAUAGCACCACUUCGCUGUGCUCGCCUCGUAGUCGUCGCAAGGGACGCAGUGCAGUGUCACACAUGUAA